AUGGAUCACAAUCAGUUCCGUGAUGCGGCUCACUCAGCCAUUGACGACAUCGUCAAGUACUUCGAAUCAGUCCCCGAGCGCAGGGUUCUCCCAGCCGUCGACCCCGGAUAUCUUCGCCCUCUUAUCCCCGAGAACCCCCCAGAGGAGCCAGAAGCCUGGGCUCAAAUCCAGGAAGAUGUCGACACAAAGAUAAAACCUGGCUUGACCCAUUGGCAAUCCCCCAACUUCAUGGCAUACUAUCCAGCCAGCGUCACCUACCCCAGCAUCCUAGGCGAGAUGUACUCAGCUACCUUUACCGCACCAGCCUUCAAUUGGCUUUGCUCCCCAGCAUGCACAGAAAUGGAAACGAUUGUUAUGGACUGGGUGGCCAAGGCUCUAGCAUUGCCAGAAUGCUUCCUGAGCACAUCCGAGACACAUGGUGGUGGUGUAAUCCAGAACAGUGCCAGUGAUGCCAUCGCCACUAUCAUCGUCGCUGCACGAGAGAGACGUGUGCGGGAGGUUCUACUGGCCGAUGGAUUGAAAGAAGGUACACCUGAGUAUGAAGAUCGGAAAUUCGAUGUCCAAGGCAAGCUCGUUGCCAUUGCCAGUGAUCAGACACACAGCAGUGGAGCUAAGGGGGCUUUGAUUGCGGGCACUCGCUUCCGCAGCGUCACUGCCAGGCUGGAAGAUAAUAUGGAGAUGACUGGACCGCGUCUACGGGAAGUCCUUGAGAAGUGUGAUAAGGAUGGUCUUACUCCCUAUCACCUCACCAUGACAUUUGGUACUACAAACUCAUGCAGUGUGGAUCGCUUUGCGGAGAUCAAGGCUGUUCUACAGGAGAAGCCUCAUUGGCAGCGUAUUUGGGUUCACGUCGAUGCCGCUUAUGCUGGUGCUUCGCUGGUUGCAGAUGAGUGGCAGUACAUUACCAAGGACUUUGCGGAGGGUGUUGACAGCUUCAACAUGAACAUGCAUAAGUGGCUGCUGGUGAACUUUGAUGCCAGUGUUCUCUACGUUCGGAACCGCUUGGACCUUACCAAUGCGCUCGAUAUCACGCCCACAUACCUACGUAACCCCUACUCGGAUAUGGGUACAGUCAUUGAUUACCGCAACUGGUCAAUUUCCCUUGGUCGCAGAUUCCGCGCAUUGAAGGUCUGGUUCGUGAUGCGAAGCUACGGUCUGAACGGCAUGAAGGCGCACAUCCGCAAGACUAUCGGCUUUGGUGACAUCUUUGCCGACUUGGUGCGCAGUCGCUCGGAUCUGUUUGAAAUUGUAACAAAGCCUGGCUUCGCUUUGACUGUGUUCCGUCUCAGGAAUCCUCAAUCAUCCUCCGACGGAGCUAAUGGCUCAUCUGAGCGCGCUGUUAGGGAUGAAGGUGCUGAUGCCCUGACUAAGAAGGUAUAUGAGUUGAUCAACUCCCGCGGAGAGAUCUUUAUCACAUCUACUGUCAUUGACGGUGUUUAUGUGAUCCGGGUUGUGAGUGCUAAUCCUCUAGCUGAGGAAAAGAAUGUUCGCAAUGCCUUUGAUAUUGUACUUCGCACCACGGAAGAGGUGCUGCAGGAGAAAUAA